CGAAGUAUAAAGUGACUCGGUCCUACAUGUGGGCGAUUGCCGGUUACUGCCAGUGACUUUGAAAUAUAAUAAAAUUAUUGGUUUGAAAUAAGCAGUACGUUGUAAAAAUAAGGUAUAUCAAACAAAGUCAUAAUUCGUACAAAUGGAUCCGACAACUGUGCACCUGAUUCAGGUCCUAGAGAAGACCGUUUCUUCGGACAAAAAUGAGCUUGAGGCUGCGCAAAAUUAUCUGGAACAGGCUGCACAAGCGAACCUUCAUGAAUUUAUUCGGCAUCUUAGUGGAGUGCUCGUCACAGGGGGCGCGAGUACAGUGGCACGAAUGGCGGCAGGUUUACAACUCAAAAAUCAGUUGACGUCUAAAGAUCCAGCAUUAAAAUCACAGUAUCAACAGCGUUGGCUCGCCAUACCUGCUGAAUCUCGAGACUACAUUAAAAAAAAUAUCCUUGGAGCUCUAGGCACAGAAAAUAACAGACCAAGUUCAGCUGCCCAAUGUGUAGCUUAUGUAGCUGUCGCGGAACUCCCAGUUGGCCAGUGGAGUAACCUGAUACCAGUUUUAGUGAACAAUGUGACAGAUGCAAACAGCACAGAGAUGAUGAAAGAAGCGACGUUAGAAACUAUUGGAUACAUUUGCCAAGAUAUUGACAGUGAAGUGCUUGUUAGCCAAUCAAAUCAGAUACUAACAGCCAUUAUUCACUGCAUGAAAGGAUCCGGUACCUCGAGUCAUGUGCGACUCGCCGCUACUAGUGCUCUUUUUAAUUCCCUUGAAUUUACAAAAGGAAAUUUUGAUAUAGAGAGCGAAAGGAAUUUUAUUAUGGAAGUUGUUUGCGAAGCUACGCAAUCUGCCAACACUCAAGUACGUGUUGCAGCUCUGCAAUGCCUGGUUAAAAUAAUGUCGUUAUACUAUCAAUACAUGGAACCAUACAUGGGCCCUGCACUUUUCCCCAUAACUCUGGAAGCGAUGCGUUCGGACAUCGACGAAGUGGCCCUGCAAGGCAUUGAAUUUUGGUCCAACGUUUCCGACGAAGAGGUUGAUCUGUCGAUGGAAGAAGGCGAAGCAUCAGACGGAGGUAGACCACCCCUCCGAGUGUCUCGUCAUUAUGCUAAGGGCGCUUUGCAAUAUCUCGUCCCGGUGUUAGUUCAGAAAUUAACCAAGCAAGAAGAAUUCGAUGACGAGGAUGAUUGGAACCCGUCAAAGGCUGCCGGUGUCUGUUUAAUGCUACUGAGCUCAUGUUGCGAGGAUGCGAUAGUCCCGUAUGUUCUACCUUUUGUGAAGGAUAACAUUAAGAACGAAGAUUGGAGAUUCAGAGAUGCCGCACUAAUGGCUUUCGGAUCAAUUCUUGGAGGACUUGAACCUAAUACUUUGAGGCCUCUUGUCGAACAAGCUAUGCCAACAUUGAUUCAACUGAUGUACGAUAACAGCGUUGUGGUAAGGGACACAGCGGCAUGGACGUUUGGCAGAAUUUGCGAAAUAAUUCCAGAGGCCGCGAUAAAUGAAACGUAUCUAAAACCGCUAUUAGAAUCUCUGGUGAAUGGUUUGAAAGCCGAACCAAGAGUCGCAGCUAACGUCUGUUGGGCUUUUACGGGACUAGCUGAAGCAAGUUACGAGUCUGCGGAGGCAAGUGACGACGCUCAACCGGAAACAUACUGCAUGUCCCAAUACUUCGAUUUUAUCAUUCAGAGACUUUUGGAAACGACGGAUCGUCCGGACGGAGCGCAAGCUAAUUUGAGGUCAGCCGCCUACGAGGCGCUCAUGGAAAUGGUUAAAAAUUCCCCUAGCGAUUGUUACGUUACCGUCCAAAGAACAACGAUGGUUAUAUUAGAAAGAUUGCAGCAGGUUCUACAGAUGGAAACGCACAUACAAAGUCAUUCAGAUCGCGCUCAAUACAACGACCUACAAUCACUUCUUUGCGCAACACUUCAGUCGGUGCUUCGAAAAGUAACUCCCGAAGACGCUCCACAAAUAUCCGAUGCUAUCAUGACAGCGUUGCUGUCUAUGUUCAAUUCAAAUUCUUGCAAAGCUGGGGGUGUUCAGGAAGAUGCUUUGAUGGCUGUAUCAACGCUUGUCGAGGUUCUUGGCGAGGGAUUUCUUAAAUAUAUGGAUGCCUUUAAGCCAUUUUUGUAUUUGGGAUUGAAAAAUCAUGCAGAAUAUCAAGUCUGUUGCGCUGCUGUUGGCCUAACAGGUGACAUUUGUAGGGCCCUUAAAAACAAGGUUCUUCCGUAUUGCGACGAAAUAAUGACUCUAUUGUUGGAAAAUCUGAGUAAUAACACCGUGCACAGAUCCGUCAAGCCUCAGAUACUCUCCGUGUUUGGAGAUAUUGCCUUGAGUAUCGGCCCGGAAUUUAAAAAAUAUUUGGAAAUCGUUCUUCAGACAUUGGCACAGGCUUCGCAGGCGAACGUCGACAGAACUGACUACGAUUUGAUCGAUUACUUGAACGAACUGAGAGAAGGAGUUAUCGAGGCUUAUACUGGAAUCGUACAGGGUCUUAAAGGAGAUGGAACUCUACCUAGUCCGGACAUUACUUUGGUCGAACCACACGUUCCAUUUAUGAUCCAGUUCAUCACGUCGAUUGCUCAAGACAGAGAACACUCCGAUGGAAACAUUGCAGCCUCGGCUGGACUUCUUGGAGAUCUUGUAACCGUGUUUGGCGUUGAUUUACUCCCUAUGGUUGAAACUGAACCCCUAACGGAACUGCUAACGAAAGGACGCAGAUCUCGUACUGGAAAAACAAAGACGCUAGCUACGUGGGCAACCAAAGAAAUUCGAAAGCUUAAAAACGCGGCGAAUGUUCAGUCUAGUUGAUCACCUCAUGGUUGUACUGUUGUGCAAUUUGAUUAUACUAGAAAACUAUCAAACACAAUACAAAGACAACAAGAUUGGAUAGUACGGAUGCGAGUUGAUAGAUGUGCGUGAGUUCC